GCUCGCACGUAAAUAGGAAGAAUAUUUUUUUUAAUUAGCAAUUUACUAAAAUAAAAAUUAGAAUAAAAUGAAUCGCGUUAAAGCAAGUCAGUCAAAAAGCGGCGAGAUUAUUGCCUACAGCGAGGUGGCUAUUAGAAACAACAUCUCGGCCGUGGAAUACUGUCGUACAUCAAUGGCCGCAAUCUCGGGCUGCGCUGCGGGCAUUUUGGGUUUGAGUGGCACACUGGGAUUCCUGUUUUACUUUCUGUCUGUGUUUGUGCUGUGGAUAAUGGUGCUCAUGAGGUCUGGAACGCAAUGGCGCAAGUUCUUUAUUAACCGCAGCAAUCUGUUGACGAACCAGUUCAUGGGCGGCCUUUGCACCUACGUGCUCUUCUGGACAUUCCUCUAUGGCAUGGUGCAUGUGUACUAAUAAUAUACCAUUGUGCAGUUAGCAAAAUAAUAAUAGCUUAAGACUCGAGUAAGUGCAAUAAAACAAUGUUUUAUGUUGCUAAU